GAUACCAAGCGCUCAGGUUGGCAGAGGGAGAUCACCAAGAACUCCGACCCUCCGCUCCUUUGUGAAACAGAGACUCAGACUGCAGUCAGCGGGAGUGUUGUGCCGCACCCUUCCUGCUCUUCCUGGGACUCUGAGCACGGAUCACUGCGCACAGGUAACAGCAACUAACCGGAAGCCCCAACACAGGUGACCGAGAGACCUUUCUACCGCGCGUGGCUCCGUAAAGGAAAAGACUGGGACGGAUCCUUUGUAGAAAGCAAAACUACACAACAAGCUGAGACUCUUUUUAUUACACACACAUAUAUAUAUAUUUUUUUGGCUUUCAUUUUAUUAUUACACUUUGCCCUCGGAGGGCGGUGAACGCGCGCAGGAGGAAAUCUCAGGUGUGACCGCACAUUGUUCCUCCACUCGACGAGAUCUGAUCUGGAUCUACUUGACGGGCGAGUUCAUAGACACAAGGAAAGGGUGAAGACGUGCGCUCCAGACACCUGUACAGCGGAGGCCCCAGUCUUCAGGAACAGGAACAGCCCCCGCUGCUUUGCAACCCCCCAAAGAGGAAGAGUCUGAAUGGCGCCCUAGACCUCCUCCUCUGCUUCCUGUCUGCUGCAUCGUCCCACCCCCACUCCCACCCCCACCCUCACCCACCUCUCCAGCUCUUCUCUGAUCCCGCGUCCACCUGAGACCUCACCAUGGAUACUGACACCUCGGAUACUGAGGGAUGCUACUUCAACAAAACUGUCAAAUUUUUCUACGAGGAGAGUGGCAAGAACAUCAGUGACCACUGGCGCCGUCGUGACUAUGUGAUCGUCACUUUGGGCAUGACGGUUUGCUUCAUCGUUAUUUUUUCCAACCUUUUGGUCAUAGCGGCCAUUUUGAAAAACAGACGCUUUCACUUUCCCAUCUACUACCUGUUGGGUAAUCUGGCGUUGGCAGACCUCUUCUCAGGUGUUUCCUACCUCCACUUGAUGUUUCACACUGGUCCCUGGACCAUUAAGUUGUCUAAAUACCAGUGGUUUGUGCGUCAGGGGUUGAUCGACACCAGCCUGACAGCCUCAGUCCUCAACCUCCUGGCCGUGGCUGUGGAGCGCCACCAAACCAUCUUCACCAUGCAGCUGCACAGUAAGAUGAGCACGCGGCGGGUUUUCGUCAUAAUCAUAUUCAUAUGGCUGUUGGCGAUAAUCAUGGGUCUGGUUCCCACCAUGGGCUGGCAUUGCCUGUGUGACCUCCCCAACUGCUCCACCAUGGCGCCACUGUACAGCCGCAGCUACCUGGUCUUCUGGGCGGUUCUCAACUUGCUGACCUUCUUCAUCAUGUUGGCCGUCUACACCCGGAUCUUCCUCUACGUGAGGCACAAGAGCAGGCAGAUGUUAGAGCACACAUCCCAUAUGAGACACAAAGAGACGGUGUUCAACCUGAUGAAGACGGUCUCCAUGAUUCUGGGCUUGUUUGUGCUCUGCUGGACCCCCGGCCUGGUCGUGCUGCUGCUCGACGGUCUGGGCUGCGAAACCUGUAAGGUGCUGCGCUACGAAAAGUACUUCCUGGUGCUGGCCGAGUGCAACUCCUUCGUCAACCCCAUCAUCUACUCGUUCAGGGACAAAGACAUGAGGAGGACCUUCAAGGAAAUCCUGUGCUGUUUCUGCCGGCGGGGCAGCAACGACAGGGGCAUGUCCGAGGUUCACUUUAACACCCUGGAGCAAGAGAACUGUAAGAGUCGUACGGCCGAGGCCAUAGAGAGGAGCAACGGGUUGCCUCUCAUCUGCAAGGCCUCCGAUGACGCCCCCGUCCCUUCAGAGCACUGGGAUUAAACUUAGAAACAAGCCAGUGUUCAAGACUUAACCCACAGCUGGCAACUGAAACCCACCGACCUGCGUCUGUACACACAAACGAGCCUCGAGGGGCUUCCUCCGCGGCAGACUGUUGUGACAGGGGUCAGAGAGGAUCGGUUUCAGAUGGAUUUUCGACCUCUGCUCCCGGUGGACGUGGAUUAUUCUAAUAGUGUCUUUUAAAAGAUGACCUGAUGAGCACGAUGAGAGACUUAUCUUCAAGCUCUCCAUCGUCAGACAUGAUCCCACACCCCUCCGCCUCCGCCACUGAACCCAACGCGGGGGGGUGAGGGACGUCUGAGGGCUCGUUUCCUGCGGAGACGCAGACGAAGAGCCGCGGACGGAAAAGGGACACCUGCGACAAGCUGGGAACAUUCGGAGACCUCCUCGAAGCCUGUGCUCUGUGGACUGCUAGCCUGCGUCGGUUGCCAGUUUGUUAGGUACGCCACCUUUAAAAUCCAUAGUCUUACUAUAAAAAUGAAAUGAUGAGUUCAGAUCGAGGGUUGUAAUUGUUCCUUGUUGGGGUUCAUCUGGACCUGAAACCUCUGCAAGGAGAUGAUUUAGUGGGAAUAUGACUGGUUGUCAGAUUAGCCUGUAUUAGCUUCUCCUGCAGCCACCUGGGAAAACUACAAAUAUGGUGUCAAAAGUUUCUUAUUACAAGAUGAGGCUGAAGACAAACCGGAAAGAAAUUUUGAUGAACAGGUUGGUCAGUGGUUAAUAAACUCCUCCACUGGAUUUUGUUGAUCACCUGUAGGUUAUUAUAAGGCUAACAGUGGGGGCCGCCAGGUUGUGCAGCGUUCUCAGUCUUUUAACUCGCCCUUAAAUUCACAGAAGAUUAAUAUUGAUUGGUCACUUGCAGAGUUUCAAAUGAAUCCCAUUGCUGCAGCUGCUGCUUUUUACUUGAAGCCGCCAGUCACUCCCUUUUGCCGUCGGCCCAUUUGUUUUUACCUUUUAAUGCCAUAACUUCCGCCUUUUAGAACUUAUUUAAUUUGUUAAAUUAUUUAAUUUCACAGUUAUAAACCAAUUAAAUACAUAACCUGACAGGUUAUGUAGCUUUUGUGGGCCAUGCACUGCAGCAAAUAUGUCUUUUUUUAUGUUUUGUAUUUUUAACCGAAACACAGAAAAAGCAAAAUGAUGAAGAGGAAAACUUCAGACUGAGGACUGUUCACAACCUGGCAACCAAAGCGAGGGAGUGGAUAACCCUGUUUUUAAAUGCUAUUUAAAAUGUUUUCAGGAAGCGUCCUUCAGUUUUUUCCCAGGACAACUCAGUGGUAGAUUUUGAUUUUGUUUUAUAGAUGUUAAAUAAUCUUACCACUCAGUUUUUUUUUUUGAGUUUUAGGUAUCAAUGUGGCCACACUCUUGUACUUUAAAGGUGCCAUCUCUGAGUCAGGAGUGGUUGUUACACAGUAUGCUAUAAGCUGCUCCUUCCUCUAGGCUGUAUUUAGUGAUUUAUAUUUUUAUUUUAUUACUAUUUUAUUUUUUUAUUAUAGUGCUGCAUUUGUGUGCGUCACGUAGCGUGUCUGCGUGCUACUGGCGCUCGAUGUCCCCGUGAAUGGUUUGAGAUGUCAAACUUUAUUUAUAAUCACGUUGUUCAUAGUAGGUGUUUUGUGCAGCAGCGCUCAGCUCGGUGCAGUUAAGCAGAUCUGUCGUCACUUUAAGGUAACCGUAAAGAGAAAAAAAGAAAACAAAAAACGGACAUAAAGGGAAAUCAGGCUCAUCAUUUUAUUUGUGUGAUCGCCUCAAUGUGUUUAAAUGUUUUGUCAAGCGUGACGGAGCAAACGAAAAGACAAGUGAGUGAUGAAGCCGUGCAGCUGAUUUGUCAUGAGUGAAACUGACAUCUGAAUGUUGAGAGGGAGGAGCCUUUAUGAUGAGUGUACCGUCGUGUUUUUGUGUCUCAGCCGUGAUAAUCUACUCUGACUAUAUAUAUAUAUAAAAAAAUUAAAAAAAACAUCUGA